AUGGAACUGAUGGAACUGAGAACUUUAGACCCAGACCUAAACUCAAAAUCUACUCCUGUUAUUUUGGCAAUUACCAUUAAGAUUAUUACUGUAUUAUUUUAUGAAAUUUUUGUUGCUAAUAAUACUGUUAUUACAGGUGGUGGUCCCCCCCCCAAGCCCCUAUCAGAGAUUGCAGUGGCCGUCGAGGCAAUUUUAGGAGUGAAAAAUGUAGCCAUUUGUGGAUUGGAAGGUUACUUGGAUUCUUCAGUUGUUGAUUUCAGGGAUAAGUCAGAGGAGCCAGUGGAAGAGGCAUGUGAAGUGGAGUCUGAGGCAUUUGAUGUCACCUUUGAAGGUGAUAUCUCCACGGCAUUAAUGCAGACUUCAACACCAUCAAGCCAUCCACAGUCUUCAGUCCCAGCACCAUCAUCAUCAUGUGGUGUUGGUCAGACUGCUUCACCAUCCACAGUACAUGUAAGCAUGUCUGCUGAAAAUAGCCACGCUCCACCUGCAAAGCGUCUUCUGUUUCCUUUGCCUGAGGACACUUUUCGAGCAAUGCAACAAAAGGCAGAAUUGGCUUUAUUGGAAGCCAAAAAAGCUGCAGCUGAUGCAAAAAGAAAGAGCUAUGAAUUAGAAGCACAAUAUAAAAGCCUGUUAAUAAGUCAGUUACAGGCAUCUUUGCCCAGAUGAUUAAUGUCUAUUGUCUUCCCCACUCUCUCCUUUAUCCACCCCUUCCCAAUCAUCCAUCACAACCCCUCAUUCUAUCACACAUUCUGCUCUAUCUAGGAAACAUUACUUGUUUGAUUGUAGAAUUAGGGCCCCUGGCCAAAACGAUCUUUCAUAACUUUGGAGGAUUGGAAUGCUGGGGGGAGAGUAAAAUGGCCUUUGCUGAUGUGCAGUCCUGUUCAAGCACAGGAUUGUCAUCAGUUAAUCAUAUUCAUUUCAUUUCUCAUUUUUCCAUCUAGCCAUACUACUAUCAUUUCAGCACUGAAUGACCUUAUAGGUCCCAGUGCUUGGGCUAUGCCCUAAAUUCCAGUAAUUGUAAGUUUUUUUUUUUUUAAAUAUCAGUAAUUGUAAGUUUUUUUUUUUUUUUUU